ACCAGGCUGGUUGAUUCCAUUUCAACGGUGCAACGGGCCAAUAACAUCGGGCUAGCCUCUCACUGCACACAAGCACCAUCAAGGCUGACUCGUACUGUAGUCUCGUUCACUCAUACAGUACAUAACACACUGUGUGGCGCGCAAUACACUACCCAACCGCUGUGUAUUGCAUGCGCUCUAUGGCUUUUGCAAUCGCGUUUGCUGUAUGGCUAGCUUAGGCACACACCCAGAUAAAUUCAACGACCUUGUUGAUCUGUGCAGCGCUAGCGCAUGCCAGUAGGGUUUAUCAGCGAGGUUUAGACGCAGGGUGAUUGGACCGCUGUACUGCUAACCCACGGAAGGGGACAAGACACAACACAAGACGGUAGCUGUUCGACUUUCAACGACAACAUCAUCUUCUAAAACCAGUCUGUGUGAUUGUUCCUUCCCGCCAAUAUGGAGUUGUCUGAGAUUGGAGAGAGUGUUUACGCCGCGGAAUCGCUACUAAAUCGGAGAACUCGUAAGGGCAAGCCGGAAUAUCUCGUCAAGUGGAAAGGCUGGUCAGUAAAGUACAGUACAUGGGAACCAGAGACGAAUAUACUGGACAAGCGCCUCGUGGAUGGUUAUGAAGACAGGCGCAGAGAGUUGGCUUCUCCUGCCGGGCAGAGAGGACGUAAGAGAAAGAGGCCCCUCUUAGACAUUCGUUCGGGGACUGGAUUGUUAAGAAAUGCGGAACCUAAACCUGAGCCAACGGAGAAUAAUAAUACUACCACGGCGGCAGCAGGAAACGCCUCGGCCCAGGCGGGCGAUCAGCCGACAGCUACCGGGAACAAAGACUCGGCGACCGGCAGGGCGACCAAUGGCACGGGUGGAAACUCCCUGGAUACCGGCGGGACUACACCGGGCAGCGUGGCGGAGGAUGACUCCACAACCGACGACGGUGGUGAUGAUGAUGAAGAGCCCCUCACUAAGAAAACUUUCACCCUGACUGCUGAUAAACAAAGACCUCCAUCAAUUCUCAUCAACGGAUCAGAUGAGAUACCUCUGGUGAAGCAGCAGCCGAGUAACCAUAGCAACCAGGGUGUGACGACAGUUUUGGCGGGAAAAUCAAAAAGUGACCCGGAUGAGCAGCAGACGACGAACGGCGUACGGGAUUUAAAACAUGGCUCCUCGGUGAUUAAAUCAAAACACCGGACUAAGUCCUCGAAAAAACUCAAACAUGCCAAGGGAAUUAAACCACCGAAAGAGGAGCUGACUGGGCUGCUGCGAAAAAUAAAGAAGCGCAGAAGAGAGAAGACCAAAUCCAAAAAAAGGAAAGAGUCCUCGUCGAUUUCGAAGGAGAAGAGAGUCAACGGCGAGAAACGCGGGAAAAAGAAACACAAGAAGAAGCACCGACGUCAUCAUCGUCGCUCUUCUGAUCAGACGGAAGAGGGCCUCCUCCUACUCAAGAAAGUCCACAAAACCCCAACAAAGGAUAAGAAGAAAUCACGCAAAAAGAAGAAAUCUAUUCUUCCUCCUCCUCCUUCGGCUGCUGCCAAAAUAAUUGAUUCCACAGUCUGGGAUUUUAACGACAGUGAUUCGAAUUCCACCGCGAUUCCAGUAAAGCAGUCGCCGGAGAAAAGACUUCUCUCCCCCGUCAAGAAAUCGUCUGAAAAACCCCUUGCCAUUCUUCACAUUGCCGAUAAAUCUCUAGGUGCCCUCACGACCGUGGACAAUUCUCUAUCUCCAUCGUCGAAAACUCCAACCGACACAUCAACACAGUGCACCAUAAAGACCAAUUCAUCGUCCACAAGCGAACAUACGUCUACUAAAAGUCCAACCAAAGCACCACACUCCCCGAAGAAAUUACUAACCGCGGAAUUAUCACCGAACUUUGCAAGAAUUUCCGAAUGUGACGCCAAUAAAAUUUCCAUCAGGAUAACCACGUCCCCACUGUCGCCGAACUCUUCGAAGAAAUCAACCGUAGUCCAGUGUGUAAGCCCCGGUAAAACAAUCCCAUCCGAGAAGUCGCCCAAGCCCGAUCGGGCAAACGGUCUUGAUAGAUCGGCUCAAGCCGAACGGCCCUCACCGUCUGAAAAAUCCAAAGUGAGACAGCCCACUUCACCCGUGAGACCACCCACUUCACCGAAAUCAACCACUCCUCAACGUUCUCCUGUACGCAUCUCUGAAACUACGCCCAAAGCCACGCCCACUUCUGAGAAACCACCAAUCACACAGAUGCCUACAUGUCGUCCAUCUGAAACCACGCCCUCCCCAGAGAGGUCGCCUACUUCCCAGAAGCCUCACAUCCGUCUGUCUGAAUCCCCGCCCACUCCGGAGGGACCGCCCACUUCAGAAAACCCACCCACGUCUUCGAAGAAAACGCCCAUUAUAGAGAGACCUCCCACUUCAGAGAAACUGUCCGUUUCUAAAUCACCUCCCAGAGAGCCAGAGAGGAAUUUAGUACAGAUAUCUGUACCCACAUCAAAGACGACACUCACAUCAAAAACUUCGCCCACAUUAAAGACCACACCCACAUCAAAAACCUCGCCCACAUCAAAGACCACACCCACAUCAAAAACAUCGCCCUCAUCAAAGACUACACUCACAUCAAAAACCGCGCCCACGUCAGACAAGCCUCCAGUCACUGCGUCUGAAAAACAUUCAAAAUCAGAAAGGUCAAUUUCUUCUGAAGCCCCGCUCAUUACUGAAAAACCACCAAACUAUGGGCGCUCACCUGUAUCAGAGGCGGUGCCUGUGUUAACUCUCACCAACGGUUCAUCGCCCAACAGUUGCGAGAAACUUUACAUUUCAACCAAACAGAUCUGUGCAAAAAGUCCAAAAAUCACGUCAUCAUCCAUGGAAAGUGAAAAGUUGAAGAAAUCUCCACCUAUUAAAAAACUUACUGUGAGUUGCGUCUCCCCGCCCAACUCUAAUGGGAAAAGUACCGUUGUAAAGAAAACGCCCACCACGCCCGACCGAGUCACAGAGCAGAAGAAUCCACACAUUGUACAGAGGCCGCCAAUUGCCACAAAAACAAUAAGUUACCCGGAUAGACCGCCCGCUGCAAAGCCGGCACACCUACCUAAACACACCCUACAAACUGGAAAGCCACCCAGUGACGAGAGGCCACAAAUACCUACACCAUCGGCCAAAAAACUGUACGACACGUCGAAGCCAUCUCUACUGGUGAGGUUACCCAUAUCUAAUAAACAAAUACCCACGGAAAGACCACCCUCCUCUGCGAAAUCGCCCAGCUCCCCGAGAACGCCCAAUUCCGAACGACCAUCCAUUCCUGGUGCUGGAGCGCCUGCAUGUAAAAGACCGCCCGCAUCACUGAAAACCCCAAAUUGGGAAAAGGCGCCCAUUCCCCCAAAACAGUUGACUUCUGAAAAACUCAAUCACAGUGACCGACUGGUGAGCCCGGGUGGGAAACCCAACUCAACAGUAACACAGAUUCCUAAACGGGCCCCGAUCCGGGAUAGCUCGCUGUUACUUACAAGCGGCUACCCUGCGCAUGUUAGCAGUCGCCCGUCCAAUAACGACAACAUCCAGUCACCACAGCAGCCCCGAAAGGUGACUCCACCAAAAUGUCAGAGCAAGAAAGUAGGUCAGCCAUCAGCCCGAGCAACGCUGCCCCGAGCCCCUCAGCAUGACCCGAAUGUACCCCUCGAUCUGAGCGUCAACCGUGUCCCAACUCCGUCAUCAAUUCCUGCAGAAGCCUCCACCAAAAUGAAGAACAGCGACUCGUCUAAGCAACAUUCGAAACCCAAGCCGUACCCCUCCCCUCCCCCUACCCAUCGAAUCUGGACCCCGGCUCGACAUCACAAUCUCGAUUACAUCGUGGUGACUGACGUCACGGCCAGGAAUUUUACGAUUACAGUCAGAGAGAGUUAUACACCAGAGGGAUUUUUCCAGAGCUGUACGUGAUGGAUUUUGCCCAAGGGGCGUUACGUGACAGUCUGGGAAUAAUUCUGUUCAAAUUAUACAGCAUAGUAAAGUAAGAGGGGGAAAAAACCGCGCGAAAACAAAAUAGAGUAUGUAACACAUCAAUGUUAGGCAGGCUGACGCCUUAACAAAUAAAUCACAACAGAUUGUGUACAUAACACCUGAGAGAUAAAACAAUACAUUUUUUGAGCAGUACAUAACGAUUGUACAAAGAGCACGCGCUGUGUAAACAAAAUGACUUUCUCUAUUGCCAACACGCAUUGGAGGGUUAACCAGCCGUUUUGUUGAAACAAUGAAUGGCAUGGGGGCCGGUUAUAAUUAAUGUAAACAUAAAACGCGUUAAUGCUGUAUAUUAAAAAAGCUUAUAGACUUGUAAUAUUAUAAUCAUGUGAAAUAUAUCUGGAUGUAACACUACUAUUGAGACUCACUCAGCGUGCUGCUGCUGUACACAUGCACACUUCUCACUUACACGCAUAAUAACCAAAGGGAUGGUUAACACUGCACAAUUUUAUCCCACACUGCAUUUUGCUAUUUAAGUAUACAAGUCAAUGUUAAAGGAGUGGGGUACUUUUCGUAACACAAAACACAAUGUCCACUGAUUUACAUUAAACUUACACAGUUUGAAGAUAAUGAUGGUAGAAGGCUUCCCAUCAAAUUUGUUACUUUCUUAGGUGCUGUAGUUUUUUAUAAAUAAGUAAAACAAUGUCACGGAAAUACGUUUUACAUGCUAAAAUAAUUUUCGGGGCUUGUUUUUACUCAUUGCUCAAAAACUACAGCACCCCAGUAAGCAACAUGUAAAGGUAAGCUUUCAACCAUUAUUAUCUUCAAACUGUGUGAGUUUAAUGUAAAUCUGUGGAUAUCGAGUUUUGUGUCCUACCGAAAGGACCAAGACCCCUUGAAGGGGCUGAAAGCUAUCGCCUGCUUCCCUAUACACAGUCAGCAAUAUCCACUUCCAUGUGCUGACUACAUGGGUAUUAUGUUAGCUGUUCAUGUCUUUGGGAGAACUUGUUUAACAAUUUUGUAAAGAUAUGUAAGCUGAAUGAUUUAUAAUCAGUACUCACUCUUAAAAUUCUCCUUUUUUACCGCAAAACAUUGUAAUCACCGCCAUAGUUGUUUUUAGCACGAACCAACAAAUAUGGCGCGGAAAUUAUCUUGAUUAGUAAUUCAUCUUGUGUGUAAGAAAAAAAAAGGAAAAAAAAUCAACGUGCACUAUAAAAUAGUGCAAGUAGAAAAAUGUAUGUUGUUUUGUAUUUGUGUUAAUCGUCAUUUUGAGAAGAUGAAAAGAAUUUCAGUCGUCCAGAAAUGUAGAUAUGUGUAUCUUAGUUCUGGACGUAAAUUAGAAGAAAAACAAGUCGUCAUGUUCUGUUUUUUUUGCACUCUGGUUUGUCGCAACAUGUUUUGUAUUAAUCAAGUCUUUUAAAAAUCAGAUGGUAUAUAAAUUAUGAUAAUUCGACGCCACCUUCUUCUAGAAAAGAUAAUAAUGUUGUAUAUGUUAUAUGAAUAGUAAAAAAAUACAUAAUAGAUGUCUAUAUAUGGUUGUAUGAUAUAGCCUUUUAAAAAACAGUUGAAAAAGCUAUAUAUAUAAAAAUGUUUGUGUUGAUGUUUGCUGAGCAUUAAUGUGAUACAAUGUUGAUUAAUGGACAAUACCUUCCCUAUAGACCUUUAUCACGGUGUGGCCAUCUUGAUUUUACUCCAUUCCAACUCAUUGUAACCAAACUGAGGCU